CCUUUCCAUCUUCAAUCGCCACUGCUCCUCGCCUGAACCACCACGUCCGUCGCCGGCGCCGACGCCUCCGCCGUCGAUUUCCCUCUCUUUUCCAACUCUACCGAUCUUCAGAAUCAGUCGUCCAGAGUUUAUGCUGUUUGAUAGGUGAUUGAACCUUAUGAUAAUGUGUUACAAGUUGAAUCUGUAACUAGAAAUUCGGUUUAAAUUCAGAUAUCCAACCCUAACCGUCUGUUGUUGGGCACGAUUCUAUCACAUCCAUUCGAUCAAUCAAUCAAUCCCGGGAUCAUAGCAUAAUAAUGCAUAGAGCAGGGGGAGGAAUUGGUGGCAGUAGUGGCGCUGGGAGUGGACCCACAGCAGCUGCAGCUGCUGCUGCAGCUCAAAAGCAAAAGGCAUUGUUGGAAAGAGUUGAUACUGAUAUCGGAAAUAUUGUUGAUAGUUUCAGUUUCCUUGUUAAUCUUGCUCGGGUGAAUGAUCUACCUGUUAGAAACUCGCAAGAUUCUUUCACUAUGGAGAUGCGGGCAGCUAGGAUGGUUCAAGCUUCGGAAUCAUUGCUUAAACUUGUAACAGAGUUGAAACAGACAGCAAUAUUUUCAGGAUUAGCAUCACUUAAUGAUCAUGUAGAACAGAGAAUAGAGGAAUUGAACAAACAGACAGAGAAAACAGAUUUGAUGUUGGGUAGAAUUGGAGAAGAAGCUGCUGCUAACUUGAAGGAACUUGAAUCACAUUACUAUUCUUCUUCUCUUAGGACUAACUUGAAGAACCCUAAUCCUCCUUCUCCUUCUUCAUCCCCUUCUCAAGAUUGAAGAACCCUAAUUCUCCUUCUUCUCCUUCUUCAUCCCCUUCUCAAGAUUGAAGAACCCUAAUUCUCCUUCUUCAUCCCCUUCUCAAGAUUGAAGUUGUAAUUUCUCUGUAUCCCUGUGUUAUUCAAUUUGUGUAUUAAUCUAUAAAUUUUGCCAUCUAAAGCCUCUUACUUUUUCUUUUUGACAAUGAUAAAGUUUGGUUUUGUAUUAAUACAAUAUUAUGUUGAAUGUAGAGUUUAUUAAU